AUGGAGAGUGGCCCGUCACGGACGGGUACAGUUACCCUCGUAUGGGGUCAGCCUGGCCAGGCUACUGCUAAGAACGGUGUGGAUCAGCGGCAUCUCAAUUCCGCCAUCGAUGAGACGACACUGCGGAGGUGGAGCGUCAACAAGCGUGGAGAAAUUCGUCACUCUCUCGUCGACACUUUCUCCCUUGCUCCCUUUUCGACCAUGGCACCCACUGUUGACGAGCCAAAGGAGGCUCCUGUCGUUCACAAUGAAAAGCCAGGCGCCGACCCGAUCACACCAUGUCCGGGGGCACCCGCAGCGCACAACAUACACACCAUACACAACGGCGAGAAUGACGCCACGGGCAAGGUGUUUUCGAUUGACGACAUCGACCUGCCCCAGGGGUACUACCGGACGAUGCACUUUUGGGGCAGCAUGUUUGCGAUUGGCAUGAGCCUGAUGUGCGGCGUGGCUGGGUUCUCGUUUAUCGCACCCCUCCUGGGGAUUGUGAAUGCCGACAUCGGCCCCAGCGACGACAUCAACUGGGUGGCGCUGACGUACACGCUGACGGGCGCCGUGGGGCUCAUGAUUGUGGGCCGGCUCACGGACAUUUUCGGCCGGCGGUGGUUCUUUGUCGUCGGCAGCGCGCUGGCCUUGCUCGGCAGCAUCGUGUGCGCGACGGCGCCCACCAUUCCGGCGAUGAUUGCGGGCGAGACGCUGAUCGGGCUGGGCUCGUCGGCGCAGCUGUCGUUUGUGUUUGCGGUGGGCGAGCUGGUGCCGAUGCGGCACCGCGUGCUGGCCAACGCGUAUUGCUACCUGUGGCUGAUUUUGCCCAACGGAUUCGGCCCCGUGAUUGGGUAUGCGUUCGAAUACGAGUCGCGCGCCGGCUGGCGCGGGUCGUUUUACCUGCUGACGGCGAUGAACGCCGUGUGCACGACCGCCUGGUAUGUCUUCUACCACCCGCCGUCGUUUGCCAUGAAGCACGGCAGCGCGGCGGUCCUGGCGUAUAUUCGCGACUUUGACUACGUCGGCACGCUGAUGGCCACCUUGGGCCUCCUGCUCUUCUUGAUGGGGUUGUCGUGGGGCGGCAGCAUGUACCCGUGGCAGUCGGCCCACGUGAUUGUCACGGUGGUCGUCGGCGUCGUGCUGCUGGCCGGGUUUUUUGCGUGGGAGAUCUACAUGCCCCUCAAGGAACCGCUGCUGCCCGUCCACCUGCUGCGCAACCGCGACUGGCUCGUCUGCAUCCUCAUGUGGUCCAUUGGCGCCUCGGUCUACUACGCGUUUGCCGUCAUCUGGCCCGACAUGAUCCGCGCGCUGUAUGCCGACCAGCACGACAUUCUGUGGAGCGGCUGGGCGGCCGGUGUGGUCGGCGGUGGCAUUACCGCCGGCGAGAUCCUAGCCGGGUUCGCCAAGCGGCGCCUCCACUGGGUCAUCCGGGCUGUGUUCUUCGCCGGCGCCGCCCUGUUGGCCGCCAUGGCCACCUGCACACCCGACACGCCGACGCGGGCCAUUGUGCUCCUGCUGCUGGGCACGACGUUCAUCGGCGCCAACGAGUGCCUGACGUCGACCUGCGCGUCCAUCUGCAUCACCGACCAGCGUGAGAUCGGCACCGCCCUGGGCAUCGGCGGCUCCUCGCGGUCGUUUGUAUCGACGCUCUGCGGCACCGUGUACACCGUCGUGCUGUCCAACCGCCUGGCCACGACCAUUCCCGCGCAGGUGCCGGCCGCGCUCGAGGCGGCCGGCCUCCCGGCGUCGCAGACCGCGUCGUUCAUCACGACCUACGGUGCCGGCGGCGUUGCGGGGGCCACGGCCGCGGGCGUCGUCCCGGGCCUCAACGAGACGAUUCUGGCCGCCGGCGUGCACGCCUACAAGGUCGCCAGUGCCGACGCGUACCGCACCGUCUUUUACUCGACCAUCGCAUUUAGCGGCAUCGGCAUUCUGCUGAGCAUCUUCGUCCCGAACGUGGACACACUCCUGACAGGCGAAGUGGCUGUGACGCUGCGGGCGACGGAGGCCGCUGAGGACGUCGUGCCGCGGUCCAAGCUGGAGGAGGCGGAUGUGUAG